AUGCACCUGCCAGCGUACAAACACAAAUGGUCAAUUGUUCAAAUUUAUGCUCCCACAGAACAACAUAACGAAUCUACCAAAGACAUCUUCUACGACCAACUGUCAUCAGUCCUACAAGAAACACACAAAAACGUUAUGGUGAUAGGAGAUUUUAAUGGCAGAAUAGGUAUGCAGCAAACUGGGGAAGAAAAUGUAAUUGGCAAUUUCGGUUUUGGCCGAAGAAGCAAAAAUGGAGAGAGGAUGAUCAACAUGGCCUUUGAAAACAAUCUAGCAUUUAUGAAUAGCUUCUUUAGGAUAAACACAAAGAAAAAAUGGACAUGGCAUUCUCCAGAUGGUUCAUACAAAAAUGAAAUAGAUUAUAUAGCAACUAACAACAGAAAGCUUAUCCAGAACGUAAACAUCCUUAGCCAAUUUAAUUUUAACACCAACCAUAGAAUGGUUAGAGCAGUACUAAAAUGGACAGAACAGAAAAAAAGUAGAAGUAAAUACAACAUACCAACUAACAACUUAAAGCAGCAAUUAGAGAUAAAAAGUAAGAUAGAUAACUAUUAUGAAAAAGAAAUCAAUGAAAUAUUUGGAUCAUCACAAAAUAUAUUAACGAAACCUAAGAAAAAUUAUACGGAAAAUGAAACCAAAACCCUAAUAGAAGAGAGAAGGUCGCUUUUAAAAUUGAAAAAAGACAAACAUAACCUAAAAGCCAUCUCAGAAAUAAGCAAAAAAAUAAGCAACAGCAUUAAGAAAGACAGAACUAAAAAAAGAAUAAAUACAAUCAACUACCAUAUAAAAAAGACGGGUGGAGUCAAAAAAGCCUUGAACGAACUAGUAGAGUCAAAAAACUGGAUACCAAACAUAAGAAAUAAAAAUGGAAAACAAGAGACAAAAAGAGGAAACAUCAUCCAAAUAGCCACCGAUUUCUACAAAACACUCUAUGCAGCAGAACCCAACACCAAGGAAGCAGUUACAAAUAUCGAAGACGAGGAUAUAGAAGAUAUACCAGAUUUCAUACAAUCAGAAAUAGAAAAAGCGAUACAGAGUCAAAAAACCGAUAAAGCACCAGGGCCAGAUAAGAUAACAAACGAGAUAUUAAAACUAGUAAUAACAGCACCUGAUAAACUAAAGAAACUCAAAGACAUGUAUAACACCAUCCUAAGAACAGAGUUAAUUCCCUCGCAGUGGGCCAAGAGCACAAUCGUACUACUACACAAGAAAGGAGAUAGGGACAACAUUGAAAAUUAUAGACCCAUAAGUCUAAUGUCAAACCUUUACAAAGUGUUCGCUAAACUGAUCCUAAACAGACUUACAGGGCUAUUCGACCAGCAGCAACCAAUGGAGCAAGCAGGAUUUAGAGCUGGGUUCUCCACGAUUGAUCACAUGCAUGUCUUAAAACAAUUAAUUGAAAAAAGUGCAGAGUACGGUAAAGCUUUAUAUAUAGCGUUCGUAGACUAUAGUAAAGCCUUUGACUCAAUAUACCACAACUCGCUUUGGAAGGCUUUGGUCGAACAAGGAGUUCCAAAAAAAUACAUACGUAUUAUAAAAAGCAUAUAUGAGACAAGCACUGCACAAAUAAAAUUAGAAACAACUGGUGAAGAAUUCCGAAUAGCUAAAGGAGUCAGGCAGGGAGACCCGCUAUCGCCAAAACUAUUCUCUGCAAUUUUAGAAAGUGUAUUUAGGGGUCUAGAGUGGGAAAAUGUGGGUAUAAACAUAGACGGCAAAAAACUCAAUCACUUGAGAUUCGCAGACGACCUAGUCCUAACUGCUGACAACGCUACUACGCUCCAACAUAUGCUGCAACAAUUGUCAGAGGCAAGCAGAACAGCGGGUCUCACUAUGAAUGGGUCUAAAACAAAGGAAACCCUCAUCGAUAUCGAAAUUAGGGCCAUUGAGUACAGCUAA